AUGGACAAGAGCCCUCUCUGUGGGCUAGGUGGAGAUAACAGCCUAUUUGGAGUGGUCUGGGGAAAAACUGCGAGGAGAGAGGCGUCAAAAAUAUGGACAAAUGCCAUCAGAUGUGUUGCUGUUAACGUGAACAGAGACGUGCAAUGCUCUCAGACUGUAACCAAGCCCACUGGAAAUUAUUUCAAUACCUGCCAAGAGAAGCCCUUCCUUUGGACUAGAAAAGAGACAGAUAGGAAUGGUCAGAUUCUUCAACUUACUUCACCUUCUGGUCACGCAUGCCAACAAAAUAGAAAAGAUGCUGAAAAGGAAGUCAAAGGAGACAUCUCAGAGGCUGUGUUUCAGCAGACGGGGGCAUCAGGGAAAUCUAAGGAAAAUGGAGGUGAACAGAUGUCCGCAUCUGUGGAUGGGAAGCAGAAUUCCUCUUUGCUUCCAAAAGCCAAGAAACAGACUCCAUCUGACAGCAAAAUACAUAGGGGGAAAAGAAAUGAUGAUCCUCCUUCAACUGUCUCUCAUCAGCUAAAUGAAGUCUUGCCAGCAGUCAUAUUUAAUGACUGUGAAGAAUCAUCAGAAACUAUUAUACCGCAGGAUUUCCCAAGCACAGUAGAAGGUUUUAACCCAGGAAAACAUAAGUUUAUUACAGAAGUGAAAUGGGGGGCUUUCACUGUACAAGUAGAAAUCAAGAAAAACGUUUUCUGUAAAACAGGUACUCAGUUCUCAACAAGGAGGUGCCCAGCAUGUCACUGGUUGUUUCCCAUUGGGCACAUUAGGAGAUGCUGCACAACCAAAAGCCGCUUUCCUAGAUUCAAUAAUAAAUUGGCAGAAGAAUUAAAAUUUGAGGUGCCAUCAAAAGACAAAGGAGAAGGUGCCAGAACUGAGAGCCCCUCACUAAAAGUAAGCAUUGUAGGAAAAGAACUUAAGGUUAAACAAAUGAGUAAGAGACAGAAUAUUUUAAUUAACAUAAUUCAUCUGAAAAGGAGGAAAAUAAGCAAACACAGAGACAUUUCCUCCAACUACACCACAGAAGAAUCUUCCAGGUCUCCUUUACAGUCUGGUGCUAAGCACCCUAGAAAGUGGGCCCAAAUUGCAGAUGGUUUGCAUGUCUCUCCUCCUAAUGUUUGCACUGCUCAGAUGAAGAACUCUGACAUAUCUGUGGCUUCUCUAAUCUCAACUCUUAAGAGAGAUAAAAAUAAGCCCGACUCACUGUCAUCAGAUUCAGAUGGUUCUGAGAGAGAAUCUGCCAUCUCUCAGCAGAAGGUUUUUCAAACUAGUCAGCAUUACCCCCAAAUGUCACAUUUCCCUGCAGCUGACACUCUUCACAUGAAUAUUUGUCCUAUUUCAUGUCAUACCCUACAGACCACAAGUUUAAGUAAAACAGAUGUAAAUAAAAUGCCUUUAGAGGAUCCUAAGGAGGAGGAUAGAGAGAGAAAAACCAAUUGUGAUGUCUCAGGAAAUAGCACAACAGACUCAAAUAUGCAGCAAAGCACAGAAGGAAAUCAUUUGCUAAGUACCAUUAUGGACAUUGUUCACAUUCAAGAAGGCUCAGAGUCUGAUUUUUGCUCCUGGUCUUCUCUAAGUACACAGUUCAAAGGAGAAAAGGAAGCUAAUGUUGACUGCAAAGUCAGCAGAACUCCACCUGUAGAAGACGGUGAGAACUCAAAUGUUUUAUCUUUCCCUUCCAGUCAAAGUGCUCUGAAGCCUUCUACCUCAUUUAGUCUGGCUCACUGGGCCACCAGACAUUUAGAAACUAAAGAGACCCCAGGACAUACAUUUUCUUUUAACCACUGCUCUGAGUUUGUAUUAGGCCAUGAGAAAAACCAUGGUGAUGUGACUGACAGAGACAUUAGCAAAGUCAUUUUAAGUGAUGACUCUUACGAAAACACACAGCAAUUAGUGGACAGGAGGAAUGCACAGAGUCCAACACUCGGACCUGUGUCUUGCAGCAGCCUAGAUGCUGGGAGCCACUCCAUAGUAUUAGCCCCAAACCUGUAAAAUGGGCCAAUCAGAGACCUGGGCAACUCCCCCAGACAUGGCAGUCCCCAGCCAAAAAAAGGGUCACUCAUGACCUUAAUAACAGAUGAACUACAGAGAAAAUUAAUUACUCAAAAUGAUAAAGAAGGUACAGUUGAUUCUAACUGUACUCUAAGAAUGAGAAACCCUAAGGAGUCAUCCGGUUCUGUGGGAAAUGAUGAAAAAGAUAAAUGUCAGAUAAUAUCAAUGUAAAAGAAUGCCUGUCACAGGGAUUCUGAAGAUCUGUCCAGUAAGACUCACAAUGAAGUCUGUUUCCAAAUGGACUUUCCAUUAAACAUUGCUGAGUCCAACUCUGCAGUGCCUGCUACCGAUGAGCUACUUCUUAUUGAGAAAACGCUACCCAGGGAUGCAGACCAAUAUGAUAACCAAGAUGAAAAGAGCCUUGGACCAACCAGUUCUCCCCAGGAGCCAGCAGAAUACCAAGAGAGUGCAUCAUUCUGGCCAAAUUCUGAAGGAGGUGAGAAUAAAUAUGACUCAAAGGAUAAUUACUGUCACCAAAUAGACAUUUGGCUGUCUCCUCAGAAGCAGAAGGCUUUGGAGAGUAUGAAUUUGAAAGUCAGGAGCCUCCAAAAGUUGUCCCAGGAAUUGGCUAUAAGAGGUGGAAGAACCAGUGAUGGUUCCUAGGAAGAUGCAAUUGAACAGUGGACCAGGAGAAGGGAGCCACUCAAGGACAGGAAGAGAUGCAGCUCAGCAGGAGGGCGUUCAAUCGCCAGUGCCUUUACGGAAGGAUCCAUUCGUGAGCGAGCCAUGAGAUUGUUCAAAGGAAUUGAAGACUAUCCAUGAGGAUUCCGGAUUCAGUUCCCCAAACCCACCGUGGUAACUGAAGUGAAUGCUAACAGCGCUGCCGAGGAAGCCGGGCUCCAGGCUGGAGACGUGGUACUGUCUGUCAACGGCACCGAGGUCGCCGGUGCGGAGCAUGCAGAAGCUGUGCACCUUGCAAGGAAAGGUCCAGAAAUCUUGACUCUAGUGGCGGGAUCUGACAUCAGCCACUGUCCCAAUACCCCGUGGCCAACCUGCCGUGGUUAUCUGCACAAGGGGAAGCACUCGGGCUUCAUGAGGGGUUGGAGGAAGAGGUGGUUUAUGCUGAGGCAUGACAGCCUCCACUAUUAUAAACAUAAAAAGGAUGAAGGGAAAUUACCACCUCAAGAAGCAAUAAAAUUAGAAGGUGCUGAAAUUUCUGUUGGUAGCAGCUUGGGAAAACCAUUUGUGUUUAACUGUAUCCCUCAGUCUGGAAGUAGAAGUUUUUGCCUAUGUGCAACCUCAAGCCAAGAAAUGAAAAGCUGGCUUGAAGCAAUGGACAAAGCAGCCCAUCCCACCUGUCAGAACCACAUCUGGGAAGAUGUGACCGUGCACAACAGCAGCCUCCCGCCAGCUAUCGAAAACCCAGGGUACCUGGGUCUCCUGCACCAGAGGGAUAGAAGCACAGAUGCGAGAGUCCAGCACUAUUGCGUUCUGAAGGGUGGUUGCUUGUAUUUCUAUGCUAGCAUUCCCUCCACCCAGGCCUCAGGUGGCCUAUAUCUGCAAGGAUAUACGGUGAGUGAACAGAUCCACAGCUUCAAACAAUCCAUAAAUGAACUCAAACCUCCAUCGGAAGAGUUCAAGACUUUCUAUCUCUGUGCAGAAAACAGGACAGAAAACCAAUGAUGGAUUACAGCUCUGAAAACAUCUAUCAAUAAAUGGCUUCCUUUGCAUCAGGUUAUUCAAGACUUCAUGAGUGGACCUCCAGAAGAAAUUAAAAUGCAAAAGAAACUCUAAUUUGUUUCUUUUUC